GCUGGAUGAUGACCCUAAACAUGAAGCCAAGGCAGCAAUUUAAGCAUUUUCUUGUUUUAGAUAAUGCCAGUCAAAGUCCAGACCUUUAUUCAAGUCAAAACAAUUAACACCGUGCACAGUUUUCCUUGCUCUUCACAGGCAGGCAAUAUUUAUGUUGAUAUAUCACAUAAAAUUGGCCCACAAAAUAGCACAAAGGGCUGUGACUAGUUUAAAACACAGGAGUGAACAUCUGGAAGAGCGUCUGUAGAAGUUAAAAUCAGAGUGUAUGAUACCUGCUGUUACUCCCCCGCUAUUCUCCCUCAAUCCAUCCUUAAAUACAUGCUGUCGUCUGAUUAAAUACAGUUUUUCUUUGUUCUUGUCCUAUCCGGUUGCGCUCCAGCCACCCUUUGCUCCUUGGAUCUUUCCAUUCGGAGGCAGCUCUAUUAUCUUUACACCCAUCUGUCACACGGAUUUAGAUAAAUUCAUGAUGCUGAAUGUCAUUGUUCUGACUCCGGCCCUUAAUACUCCACCCUAUUGCUCGAAUUGGCUGACAUAUUUCAUAUUUCAUAAUCUCAUCAACUCACAAUCUCUAUUUCACCUGAAUAAUCUUCAGUACUAAUCUGUUGAACUGAUUGUGGAUUACUUCUUUUUUUUUUUUUUUAAGUGUUUCAUAAACACACUUCUCUCAUGAAAAUAAUGAGUCUAAUUAAAGAGAUUAUGCAUGAAAUGCAGCAAAAUAGCAUUUCUGUGCUGACUUUGAGAAUCGCUCCAGCUUGAUCUUUGGCCCCGGGGGCCUUUCCACACACACAUCGGUGCACUUGAACACAUUAGCAACCCAGGGGAUGAAGUCUGCCAAUCCCCUCUGACAGAUGACCGAGUCGUUGCCUUUGCAACAUCUGCAACUUAGAGUCUUUGCUCUCAUUAAACCCCUGCCGAUCUUUAAGGAAGAUGCCCUGACAGCAGACGAUCACACAACAGCUGAAUAAAUGUCUUCAGAUGUGAUGGAUAUUGAUGGGUCAAACUCAUCGUGUUUAGGGGAAGUUCCUGAGCUUCAGCUGAAUCUAUGGGAGGAGCUCUGUGAUGCUGCUUGCUGGAAAGUUCACACAUGAAGGGAGCGGACGUUUGGAAUACUUGGCUGUGAAUGCAACCAGGCACACUGGUGCUGAAUCUUUGUUUAACCGUUUUUGAAUGAAAAUUAUCCUGCUGAGUCCUUUCAAGGAGUUUACUUGAAGAUCUUUGUGAUUUGGGCAGAUGCGACCUUCAGGAUCAAGGGCUUAAAUACUUCAGUGGGAAACAAGCAGACAAAGCUGUUUUUAAUCCUUGCUGUGGAUUGCUUUCAGACCUGAGCCUGGACAGUAAGAAUCCCUUCACCAUGGAGCACUCCCUGUCAAUGAACUCAACGGUUGUGGAUGGAGAUGAGUUGGAGGACCAUCGACCCCUCCUGCCACCAAGGAUGGUUGCCCCACCUCAGGCCUACUCGCCCCAAUGUGGGAUACACCACACAGUCCAGACAUCUAUCGAUCACACCGUGUGGCUGGACAGAACGCAGGCCCUGGCUACGACACCUUUGUACAAUGGCCAUCUCUAUGUCACGGCAACACCUAGAUCCAACAGGAGAGAGAAAACCAAGAGCAAGGAGAAAAAAUGUGAGAAAAGGCCACAAAAUCCAGGAGUGAAGGAGCGAAACCACCAGAGCAAAGCUAAAACUCUAGGCUCAAACAGACUCCAAGAGACUGUAACAUCCUUUACCGACCUGCCCAUCUCUCCCUGUGGAUCCCCCUUUAAGGGCCACAGCAGGUCCAACCUGGAUCUCAGGGAUGUUGAUGGUCGAGGGUACCGCAAGUCAGGCAAUGUUUCUCUAGAGAUGCACAACCGCCAGAGUCUCCCAGAGAUCAUCAUCACCAGCAAGGAUGACAACCUCCAGCAACAACAUAAAGCACCGCAAUAUCACCAGCGCCCAGGGGAGGCCAGGGGUCCACUGCCGGCGGCCAAGCGCUUCAGUAGGAGCCCCAGUCCCCAGCACAGCCCCAAACGCAAAGAGGACGCUAAGAAGGACUCAUACUGGAGGACGCACAACAUCGGCUGGCGGCUGGUCCACAGGAGGUCCCUGUUUCUGAGGAGGCAGCGGCUGAACGACUGUGCCCUAGCCGUGGGGCUUUUUGGAGUGGUCAUGAUGGUGAUGGAGACGGAACUGUCCUGGAGCAUCUACAGCAAGAGCUCCAUCUACUCCCUCUCUUUCAAGUCAGUCAUCAGUUUUUCUACGCUUGUCCUGCUGGGCCUCAUUGUGGCUUAUCACUGCUGUGAGGUGCAGCUCUACGUUCAUGAUAUUGGUGCAGAGGACUGGAGAAUAGCCAUGACCACUGACCGCUUCGCUCUGAUUGUCUUGGAGCUGGUCAUAGUGGCCAUCCAUCCCUAUCCAGUGGGGCUACUGGCAUACAUCCAGAAGACCACAGUCCGUACAACACUCUCAGAGACGGAGCUGGAGAUCAUGCUGGCUUUGCCCAUGUUUCUCAGAUUGUACCUGCUGGGUCGGGCCAUGAUGCUGCACAGCCGCCUCUUUACGGACACGGCCUCCCGAAGCAUCGGAGCCCUGAACAAGAUCCACUUCAACACCCGGUUUGUGGGGAAAACACUGAUGACUACCUAUCCUGGGACUGUCCUGAUGAUUUUCAGUGUGUCUCUGUGGAUUGUGGCAGCAUGGGGCCUACAUGUGUGCGAGAGGCACCACAAUUACAGAGACCUUAGCAGCAACUACAUGGAGGCCCUGUGGAUGGUCUCUGUCACCUUCCUGUCCAUCGGUUACGGAGACGUGGUCCCUCACACUUACUGCGGCCGCAGCAUCUGCCUCCUCACUGGGAUCAUGGGAGCAGGAUGCACGGUCCUGGUGGUGGCGGUGGUGGCCAGGAAGCUGGAGUUGACCCGAGCUGAGAAGCACGUCCACAAUUUCAUGAUGGAUUCUCAUAUCUCCAAAAGGAUAAAAAUUGCUGCUGCAAAUGUGCUGAGAGAGACUUGGCUUAUCUACAAGUACACUAAGCUGUCAAGAGAAAAAGACCACACCAGAGUCCGCAUGCACCAGAGGAAGCUGCUGCUGGCCAUCCACCAGCUACGGAGAGUCAAGAUGGAAAAGAGGAUACUUGCAGAUCAGGGAAACACACUCGUUGACCUCUGCAAGGUGAGAGAGAUGCAGAGCUUGAUGUACGACGUGCUGGCGGAAGUGCAGGGCAGCAGGGGGGAGCUGGACUCACACAUCAACAGCCUGGUUAAGAAUGUGGAGGAGUUGAGGGAGGGCUUCAGGAGCCUGAUGCCGCUCCUGUCCAGCACGCUGUCCACACAGAACUCCUCCAUCCGCCACCUGCUGAGGGAAAGGGAGGAGAAGAGCGAGUGUGCGAGCGGAGCAGAGGGGUAGAGAGGGGCAGUGGGAGGGGAAGGAGGGUGAUUCAGGUGCUUCUGGAGGAGGUUUCUGCUGAUAACUGAGCUAUGGUGACCAUGCUGGGACAGUUUUCCUGACUCAGGUGUGGAUCAUGAAGUGAACUUUGUAUUGAUGUGCAUAAAACUAUAUUUAAAAAACAUUAUACGUAGCAGAAAUACAAACAUAUGUAGAAAUCUAUCCCAACUCACUUCUUCUUAAGGCCUUUCUCCUGGAGUAACAGAAACAUUUACGAUGAUAUUAAACUAUAAUUGCAAUAUUUAAGUCUUACAGAUUCAAAGGUGAUCCUACCCAAGUAAAAUUUUACAAUUGACCCAAUAAGACAUUACUGACACCCUGUGGGUUCUGUUCUUCAGGUUUAUGUGUUAUUUAACUGUUUUUAGGCAUCAUUUUGCUUUAAGGAACCAUUACUCCUCAUUUGUAAAGAGCUUCACCUGUAAAUGCUGCAUUUUUCUGACUGUGCAAUAAACACUGCAUGCAUUUUAACAGCUUGGUGUAGUAUUAAAAGCAUGCAACAUUC